GUAUGGUCUUCUUGCCCCCAUCGCCUCUAUUGGACUGAAUUCGGAAACGCUCAUGUCCAACCGGUUUUCAUUUUGGGCUGGAAAUUCUCUAAAGCAACAUAUUUAAAAAAUCUGGGAAAAUCCGGAACAUAAUUAAAAAUUCUUGAAAUAAACGUAAUAACAUAUAAGUGAAUUAUAUCUGGGUAAGUAUCUGGCAAGACGAUUGAAAAUCUGGAAAAUCAAAUAAAUCAGGAAUACUGGCAACGCUGUCUCGUUUCAUGCCCGUAGAGACAACCGACACUCCUCCCAUUUUCAGUAUUUUGCUACCCACAGUAUUUAUUGUACCGUCCCUGUAUUCAUAAUAUGCUACUCGACGCAGGUAUAAAACCACCCUCGACGGUCGAAAUGUCAUCAUUACAGUUUCAGCGUUCAUCUGCUCGUGUCAUUCGUAUAUCAGAUCACCUUUUUUACAUUUAAAUAUGUCUGGACGUGGAAAAGGAGGUAAAGUCAAGGGAAAGGCAAAGUCCCGUUCGAGCCGCGCUGGAUUGCAGUUUCCAGUCGGUCGUAUUCACCGUCUACUCCGAAAGGGCAACUAUGCCGAGCGUGUUGGAGCCGGUGCCCCCGUCUACCUGGCUGCCGUGAUGGAGUAUCUGGCCGCUGAAGUUCUCGAGUUGGCAGGAAAUGCCGCCCGUGACAACAAGAAAACCCGAAUUAUCCCACGUCACCUGCAGUUGGCCAUCCGCAACGACGAAGAACUGAACAAACUUCUUUCCGGAGUGACCAUCGCUCAGGGUGGUGUCCUGCCAAACAUCCAGGCCGUCCUAUUGCCCAAGAAGACCGAAAAGAAGGCCUAAAUUCGAUCGA